GAUAGCGAGUGCGGAAUGAGAAGGGGAUUGACACACACAAACUGACUGAGAGAGAAAAAAAGGGAAAAAACAUCCAAGAGAAAAUCCCAGCAAAGCUGCACCGGGGAACUGACACCAUGAGAUGCAAAGGCAGGGCAAGGAAACUGGCCACAAGCAAUGCUUCCAGUGAAACAACAUGUGGUUCAAAUGUUGUGGAAACCAUGGAAGAGAGGUUCCAGCUUGAUGGUGGGAUUGGCGCAAUGUCAGACCUAAGUUUCCCAGAUCUAUCAUCUCCAGCUUCUUCUAGUGAUGAAUUCACACCAAAUGAGGAGUCACCCUACAAAGCACCAAUUUACAUUCCAGACGACAUCCCUAUUCCAUCAGAAUUUGAACUUCGGGAAUCAAACAUCCCAGGCACAGGACUUGGAAUCUGGACAAAGGUUCAAAUAUCGGUUGGAGAGAAGUUUGGGCCAUUUGAAGGAGAGCAAUGCAUGAACCUUGAACAUCCCCAGUUUGGGUGGGAGGUAAGUUUAAGUACAAGUGUGUUCCAUAAUAUGCAAGUACAAAAAAAAGUGUGCAGUGCCUCAUGCAGUUAUUAAUGCAAUUAAAAUAAUGUAAUAUUAUGAAUCAUCAAAAAUUAUUAAUUUACACUAAAUGGCUCUGGUUUCUGAAAUGAAAGUAUAAAAGUUUAAUUUUUUUCUUAAUAUGUGCUGUGAUCUUACUAUGCUGGAUUUGAUUUUCUGGUAAGGCCCCCGGACACACAUAUGUUUUUCCGCCACGGUCCAUGCUGUGGUUUUUAAAAAAGCCGGCUGCUGCAUAAAUACGCUAGUGUAAGUGCCAUUGCCUAAACAUGAAACCGUUAAGCUUAUUUACACAGCGGCCAGCUUUUUAAAAAACACGCAACACUGAAAAUGCAGCAGAAAAACGUAUGUGUGUCCAUACCAUAACUGUGAGGUUUUGGAUUGGGAAGGGGCACCGUAAAUAAAACCUUCAAUGUCUGAUGAUGGCCUUGCUAGUCUCCUUGGACAACCUUGACGUGUAGAAACCCUCACAUUGCUGUGGUUACUGAUGUGUGACAAAACUGACUAUGCAUAUAAACGUGUACUUAGAUUUAUUUUCAGAGGCACAGGUAUUUAUUGGUAAGAAAACAAACAAAAAGUCAUGUUUCAACAGCAUUAAGGUAUUGAGGGAGCUGUUACCUGCUGUGGAGUAGCAAACUAGCAACACGUGAAAAAAAA